AUGUCGUCUCCCCCUCUUUCCCCAGCUAGUACCCGCAACUCCUUUUCUACAGCUCGUGAGGACAAUUUCACCUCCGCCCCUCAAAGCUUUGGCGCCGAGAGCCACGCAGAAGAAGAAGGCGGUGGCGAAUCAACGCCAACACGACGCCUUCAAGUCGAUACUUCUCACCAGCCUUCUUCUGCUGUGGAUGAUGUUGCAAGCGAGGGAGGACAUACCCCUCGGUCUCCUAUGGACUUUCGCUCGGGCCCUACCCCUGAUUGGGAUUACGAGGCUGCCAAGCCCAAAAAGGCGCAGAGGAUGAGUUUCGUCUAUGGUACGACAGCUGGGACUUCUAGUCAAUUGCCGGAAGAGUCGGCUCCUCCUGCCUCUCAAGCGGGCGACGCCCUUCCCACUGGGGACGGUAGACGCAUGCCAGAGGUACAGCGCAAUUGGAGUGACGAAGUUUUGGUAGGCCGAGCGCCUUCGGUAUCGCGCCAGUCUUCCCUCGCUUCUGGCUUGGUGUCCGCGUCGGAGGAGGACGAUUCGGGCAGCGAUUAUGCGGGAGAAACGCGCAGGUCUGUUUAUGUCCCAUAUCAAAGUGCCACUAGGAGUAGUGAAGGGGGAGAGGGUCAGAGUCAGACGGGGGAGGGGAGGAGGACGAGGAGGGGUAAGAUGAGAAAGUACAUUAGUAGUUGUUUCACUGGCGGGGAUUGA